AAAAUAAAAGAAACGAGAUGUUGGCAUUGUCAUAAACCCUAACAAAACCCCUAUUACAUUUUCUCUCUCCUAGUUUCCCCUCUCUGUUGCCAGCACCUCGGCAGCCAUGGAUAUGGACACAGACGAGAAUGUGAAGAGGGUGCAAGUUCGCUUUCGUACUCAGCUUGAAGACCAAUUUAAAGUUCCUACCAACGCCAUUGCUAUUCCUUCAGACCUUACUCGAUUGGGCCUCUCUUCUAUCAUCAACAGUCUUCUCAAAGCCGUUGAUUCUGAUUGGGAGGCUGAACCUUUUGAUUUUCUAAUCAAUGGCGAGUUGGUUCGAAUGCCGCUCGAGGAGUUUCUUCUUGUCAAGGGGAUUUCAGCUGAAAAAGUCCUUGAGAUAGAAUACAUUAAGGCUAUUGUCCCACGCAAACAAGAAGAGCCUUCUUUGCACGAUGAUUGGGUUAGUGCAGUCGAUGGCUCCAAUCCCGGGUUUGUUUUGACAGGAUGUUAUGACGGUUUUGGAAGGAUAUGGAAGGGUGCUGAGACAUGUACACAUAUGUUACAAGGACAUAGUGGUGCCCUAACUUCCCUUUGUAUCAUCAAUUCUAAGGGUUCUAAUAAUGGUAACAGCAUCCACGUGGCUACUGCUUCAAAGGAUCGGACACUAAGGCUGUGGCAGGUUGAUACAGAGGAUGCCAAGAAUCACCCUGCAACGGUUUCUGCAUCUAAAGUUUUACGAGGUCAUAGUGCAGCUGUUGAAUGCGUCUCAUCUCAGAAAUCUGGAGAUAUGGUGUGUUCUGGUUCCUGGGACUCUACAAUUAAUUUGUGGCAGACAAGUCUCUCUGAUGUUGAUGGUGAUCUCUCUUCUUUUAAAAAGAGAAAGACGAAUGGUGUCGUAAAUGAUUCACAAUCGGAGGGUGAAGCUGUAUCUACACUGGUGGGACACACCAAUUGUGUUUCCUCUGUUCUUUGGCCAGAAGCUGAAACCAUCUAUUCAGCAUCCUGGGACCACUCCAUCCGAACAUGGGAUGUUGAAACAGGGACUGCGACAUGGAGUAUGUUUUGUGGCAAGGUUCUUAACUACAUCGAUGUUGGAGGUGAGAGCUCUGCUCUAGUAUGCGCUGGGGGAUCUGAUGGCAUGUUAAGGAUAUGGGAUCCUCGCAGACCAGGGACACUGGCGCCUGUGUACCAGUUUUCAUCGCACACCAAUUGGAUUUCUGCUUGCAAAUGGCACAAUAAAUCAUGGUUCAAUUUAGUUUCCGCAUCAUAUGAUGGGAAAGUGAUGUUAUGGGAUUUGAGGACAGCGUGGCCUUUGUCCGUGAUUGAUUCACACAGUGAUAAGGUGCUAUGCGUUGAUUGGUGGAAAGGCAAUAGUGUUGUCAGUGGUGGAGCAGACUCAAAAAUGUGUAUUGCUUCUGAGAUUCCAUUGAAGUGAAGCAAGAUUUCACAAGUUUCCUCUGGUAUGAAAUUGGAGAAGUUCAGAAACACCAAAAUUUGUUUCCUACGUGCAAACUUUUGGUCUCUUUUUGUCAAAUUUGAAAGGUGGGCAUGUCUGAUCUCCUGGCAAUUGGGGACUGAAGGAUCACAUUUUUUGUAGGGCUGGCAAGUGUACGAAGAAGCAACUGUAAUUAGGCCAAUUUUGCUGAAGGUUGAAAAUCUUUUGGCUCCUUGUUUCAAUAUUAGAGUUUUGAUGUAAUAGGAAUCAAUUAUGAUACCCUGGAAUGUUGGAAAUUUAUUUAUACUGUCAUAGUGACAAUAUCUGUAUGCUUAAUAUUUGUAUCAUUAUUAGUACAACUAUUUUUUGUACUAUCUGACAAACAGCAUGGCUAGUGAAGUUGACCAGCGUGAAUUCA